AUAGCGACGUAGUCGCCAUAUUAUCCGUAGCUAGCUGUCGUCUCAAGUUUAGAGUCAGUUCACAUCCACCCCCGCGAUUCUAUAGCUGUCGUUAAUUGAUUUCUUUUUUGUUUUUUUAAUCGGGAUUCAAUGAAACGCCGUGACGCAAGGGAAGAAAAGUCAAUGAAUGUGACACGGGAUAGGUGCAACCCAACGCUGCCGGCGGAGCGUACCAGAAUAUCCGGCUAGCUAAUCGGCCCCGGCGCACGGGAGUCUUGAGAGGCGGGCGGUCGGGACCCUUUCUAGCCGCCUGUGAGCCGGCAAGCUGGACCUCGGCCGACAUCUCAACGAGAGCAGAGCCAAGCCAGGUAACGUGGGUAGUUAGAUGUCAGCUAAACAGCAGUUACCCAAACCGUCUGCUAGGCUGAAAUCGACAACUUUUACCUGAAGCUAGCGCCACCGUCCACGCAGUGUAGCAAGGAGGACGUCACGGCGAGCCACGCUAACAGCCCGGGGGGUCCUGCUGCAGUGGGAGUGUGCCGGCCGGCUGGAGGCUGGAGGCUGGCAUCGGCACAGCUCCAGAGUCGAUCACCAGGCAGCGGGGCCUGACUGGAGGAGAUGUCUGAGGGCGAGGGGAAGCAGGCCCCAGACCCCGUCCAGGAGGGCAAGCCGGACUCGGCGGCUGCUGCGCCCGCGGGUCAAUCGGUGUCCCCCCCUGUGUCAACGGCGACACAGCCUCCUCCCCCGACAGCAGCCACGGAAGAUGAGGAGGAAGAGAGUGAGGACGAGUCAGAGAUUUUGGAGGAAAGCCCCUGUGGACGUUGGCAGAAACGCAGAGAAGAGGUAAAUCAGCGCAAUGUUCCUGGGAUUGAUAAUGCUUACUUGGCCAUGGACACUGAAGAAGGAGUCGAAGUGGUUUGGAACGAGGUCAUGUUCUCCGAGAGGAAGAACUUCAAACUGCAAGAGGAAAAAGUUAAAGCGGUUUUUGACAAUUUGAUCCAGUUGGAGCAUUUGAACAUUGUGAAGUUCCAUAAGUAUUGGGCUGACGUGAAAGAGAACAGAGCUCGGGUCAUUUUCAUCACUGAAUACAUGUCGUCAGGAAGUCUAAAACAGUUUCUGAAAAAGACCAAGAAAAACCACAAGACCAUGAACGAAAAGGCGUGGAAGCGCUGGUGCACACAGAUACUGUCUGCUUUAAGUUACCUUCACUUGUGUGAAUCUCCAAUCAUCCAUGGCAACCUGACCUGCGACACCAUAUUCAUCCAGCACAAUGGCCUCAUAAAGAUUGGCUCAGUGGCUCCUGACACCAUUAAUAACCAUGUCAAAACCUGCCGGGAGGAACAGAAGAGUCUACAUUUUUUUGCUCCGGAGUAUGGAGCUGUUGCUGAUGUCACCACAGCUGUGGAUAUCUAUUCCUUUGGAAUGUGCGCCUUAGAGAUGGCUGUACUUGAAAUCCAGAGUAACGGAGAGUCGUCCUAUGUGUCCCAAGAAGCCAUAAACAGUGCCAUUCAGUCCCUAGAGGACCCGCUACAACGGGAGUUCAUUCAGAAGUGUCUGGAGGUAGACCCCAGUAAGCGACCCACGGCUAAGGAGCUGUUGUUUCACCAGGCCUUGUUUGAGGUGCCACUACUGAAGCUACUGGCUGCACACUGCAUUGUCAGCCAUCAGCACAUGAUUCCAGAAAAUGCAUUAGAGGAGAUGACAAAGAACAUGGACCCCAACUUGGUGAUAGUUGAAGCCAAGGAAGGCAUCCAGAUGAAGCUCUCCCAAUUUCCCGCUCUUGAGCUGGACAAAUUCCUUGAAGAUGUGAGGAAUGGGAUCUACCCUCUGACUGCUUUUGGGAUGUCUCACCUACAACAACCCCAGCAGGAGACGGUGAAGUCACCUGUGGUUCCCCCCUCAGUAAAAACCCCGACGCCGGAGCCUGCAGAGCUGGAAACCAGGAAGGUCCUCCAGAUGCAGUGCAACAUUGAGCCUGUUGACGAGGGGACCAAACAUCAUCUCACGUUGCUGUUGAAACUCGAAGAUAAGUUGAACAGGCACUUGAGCUGUGAUUUGUUACCAAAUGAGAAUGUGCAGGAGCUAGCUGUGGAGCUUGUUCAGCUGGGGUUCAUCAGUGAGGGCGAUCAGCCACGACUCACAUCAGUUCUUGAAGAGGCAUUCUCCAAGUUCUACAUCCGCAACGGUUCUCUGAAUCCUGUCACGGUUUCUUCGUAGCAGAGAAGUUAAUCUGCCUCUCCUCAAACAAACCCCCACCCCAAGCCACUCCACCCAACCUCUCACACAAGGACUCGCUUUUUGCUCCACCUUCAGAGUUGCAGGAAAGCUUUACAGGGACUGAGGGGGAAGUGUCUUGUCUGCUCCCGAAUGCCGCUGCCUGUCCUCACAUCUUGUGGGGAAAAGCUGCCACUGAGUGGUUAUCAUUGUUUUGCCCCCCCAAGCCAAUGCAGCCAUCUGCUUCGUUGUUUUGAAGGGGGAAAACAACCUAAUUCUUGCGAUUUAAAGGAAAGUACUGAUGUUUUUAAGCGUUUGGAUAGAUUAUUUAUUUCAGUUCUGUCCGAGCAGAGAAAUUUUUAAGAUUGUAAAAACAAAGGAUUACACCAGUAUUUUCCUUAAGUCAGAACUAAAACUGUAUUUUGAACGUUUUUACUUCAAAUUGUUAUGUAGUUGUCUAUAUGAAAACGAAUUAUUUUGUCCUGGCAUACAGAGGUGUGUGUGUGGUCUUGUAAGGUUAAGUCUGGUUUGUCAUCGAUCCUUUUCAGUUUUUCUUCAUGCGAUAUAUGAGGUCACCUCCUUGCUUGUAUCAGUUGGCCAAGACUCGAUGAAUUCAUCAAGCUAGUGAUGCCGCUUGAUGCAAUGCUAUUUAUACUUCACAUCUUUCUCACCCGUCUCAUACAGUUAUGUAAAUAUGUAACCGUGAUGCAUUCAGGAUCUAUAUAAACUUAAGAACGAUUUACAGCUGCAGUUUAAAGCAAUGAAAACAAUGUAUUUAUGUUAUACAUCUUGAGUGUGUACUGUAUUUCACAUCACAUUAAGGCAGGUGGUUGUUAAGUGGUUAUAAGCUUUUACCUUUUUUUUUUUCACCGUAUUUUUAUUUUCUACGAAAAGGGGUAUUGUCACUUAAUUGUGGUCCAUCUAUUAAUGUGGCUUGUAUUUUAUAAUUAGCCCACUGAAGCAGCAAUCUGAGAGGAUUAGGCCAUUUCAUUGUUAACUUUUGGUGCCAUUUAAUGUAGGAAAGGUUGCUUUGGUCCAUGUCAUCCUUGUAUAAUGCCUGUAUAAAAUUUAACAAGAGGUGAAUAUUUGUAUGGUAUCUCCAUUAUGGAUCUCAGUUGUCUAAGAAUUCAUGAUUUUUGCUAUCUGUUUUGUUUUGUUUUUUUUUAACCAGGGUGAUGGUAGUUUCAAAUAACAUGGAACCUACAGAGAAGAGAACUUUGUCUGGUCAGUGUUUGGAGUUCUUUGCUUUUCACCGCUAGUCCGACUGCAGCUGAAGCGUUGGGCUUCUCAUUGGCCACUAAGUUUUCUCUUGUCCAUCACCACUAAGACCACUCAUUAUUUAUCACCUUUGAAAUCUCUUCACUAGUUUGCACUACUACACACGUUUAUAUAGUUGGACGUCCUGUGGCCUCUUGACUUGUUGAGACAAGCAAUGGAGAAACUCUCAUAGUUUAAAGAUGUGUACUUUAUACAAAUUUUCCUCAGUGCUCUAGUUUUAUCUUUUGUGUGCUGUCAGGUUUUUUCACAGGGUCUGUUUGAUCCAUGAUGUGCAAGUGUGGACCUGCUUAGCAUGUUUGUCAGCGUUUGUACACUGUAUGCUAAGACACUGUACUAUAUCUGUUUUUGAAAACAUUCCCCCUUUUCCCCACAUCCUGAAAUAAACAUUUGCACC